AUCGCGCGAGAUCGCGACGACGCAUAUGUUUCUCUCCGCGCUCGCUCCCGCGGCGGCCUCGCUCUUCGCCCCCGCGGCGACCCGCGACGCCCCCAAGGCUACCAACGUCGUCCGAGGAGGUGCCCAUUUGACUGGAGGCCGUCGACGUGUGCGAGCCGCGUCCGUUGCGCUCUCCCGGCCGGAAUCCCUCGGGGUCGGGUCGACCCUGACCGCGAUGUACGCCACACACUCCACCAUGGCGUCCCUCUCGGGCCGUCACGCGGCCUCGUUCGCGCCCCGUCGGGUUCGCCGGGGCGCGGUGAAGGUCGCCGCGGCGAAGGGAUCCGACUCGGACUCCUCGUCGAAUCCCAAGCGCCCGGAUCCGACCUUCCAGGGCGCGCCCAUGUCUCCGGGCUCGGGGCACGGCCAGAUGCUCGCGCACGUCCUCGACGCCGAGCCGCAGCUCUUCGAAGCUGCAGUGGAGGCCACCCUGGACCGCAUGAUCGACGAGCUCGACCAGCAGGAGCAAUCCGAGGGGAGCAUCGACGUGAGCCAGGACGAGAAGGACAAGGGCGGGAUGGUGCUCUUCCGACGCAUCGAGCAGAUGCGCGCGCUGGAGCGAAGGAGCGGCGUGCAGGACGUCAUGUACGCCAACAUCCUCCAGAAGUUCCUCAGCAUCGGCGUCGACAUGCUGCCGCCGCUCGACGACGAGGACGUGUUGCUCAGGGGAGUCGACCUCACCAAGCUCACCUCGGGGGUGCACUCGGUGGAGGCGCUGGAGAUGGUCAAGGAGCAUCUCAUGGGCAUGCUCGGCCCGCAGGCGUCCAACGCCUACUCAAACACCCUGGUACGCAUGUCUAAGCUGCAGUGCGCGCAGAUGUACGCCGCGUCCAUCAUGUUCGGGUACUUCCUCCGCAAGGCGGACAAGCGGUUCAAGCUCGAUCGAGCCAUGGGCACGUUGCCGAUGAACCCGCUGGACAGCGCCAAGGCCCUGGAGGAGCUCUUCAACAGCGCCUCCGCCAUGGACAGCAUGGACGAGGCGGACGGCGCGGGCGUCGGCGGCUUCGCCAACUCCGAGUUCCCCGGCGCCUCCGGCGUCUUCGACGUCGACGACAAGGGCAACGCCACCGAGGACGCGUCGAAACCCGGCGCGCAAAAUAACCUGACCCUCAAGCAGUACAUCCAAUCCUUCGACCAGAACGCGCUGGCGGAGACGGCGAGGAUCGUCUCCAUGGAGGGCGUCACCCUGGCGGAGCGCCAGACGGGCGCGCUGUUCGGCAGCAUCGAGGACCUCGCCAUGGAGAUGCAGCGCGCGCUGGAGGAGGGGGGCGAACCAAUCACGAGCCCGGAUCAGCUCAUGAGCCGCGUGCAGGACGUCGUGGGCGGGGGCAAGGUGAAGACGCUGACGCUGCCGGUGGCGACGCAGCGGCGGGUGGUGCUUGAGGCUGUUGCGUUUGGGACGUUUUUGAGGGACGCGGAGACGUACGUGGACACCAGGGACGGGCGGCUGCUGACGCCGGUGUCGAGGGGGCCGGAGCCUCCGGGGCUCAUCGGCUCGGGCGCCUGACUGGUUGCCAGUGUGUGAGGGUCUGUGUUUAAUGUUAAAUACAUCACGCG